CCAACAGAUCAGUCAUCAGCUGUAGGACUGCUUGCCGCUGUUCUUCAGACUGACAGAUUAACAGUCUGAGAUACAUCCAUCUACCUCUGCUUAAACCCUGAGAUUUAAGUGUGAGCUUUACUUAGCGCAGUCAGCCCUCGCGAGAUGGGCUCAGGGAACGGGUGGUAGUCAGAGGAAGGCUGUUUUACAAGGUGGGUGGAGAAAAAGACCCUUCAAAGCUGAAAUCAAUAUCAGAUGUCGUAACAGUUUUCCCUGGCAAGUUUUUUUCCUUUGUUUUGUUUAGCUCUCUCUAAUUCACUAAGGGGAUUUUCCUGCUUGAGCAAAACAAGGAGCAUAAGGACUGCAGUUCAGACAGAUGGAGUGAACAGAAACUUGGUGCAAACUGCAACUUCCUGAACUGAAGACUUGAGUGUCAGUACAGUCAUCAGCCAUCAGUUAUCUUCACACGAGAAAAGGCAGAGCAAGUGGGAGUUCUUCUUUGUCAAGUUUCUCCUCCUGAAAGAGAAUGGCCCUGUUACGGAGUGCAGUCCUAUCUCUUCUUGCCAUUUUGGUCUAUGCCUCAUCAACAGCAGGAAACCACACAGUCUCCACAGCCGAGUGUGCAGACCUCAGCAACACCACUUGGAGCGAAUACCGCCACGGCGGCAAGCUGGAGGUGCAAUACCUCCUUCUCACUCGUAGCAACAUGGACUGCGCCACUGUCUUCAGCAAGGAGUCCCUCUCAGACCCCCAGCGGCGCUCACCCUUCAACUCCUCCCUCCCCAGCAAGGUCAUCAUCCAUGGAUUCAGGGCUCUGGGCACAAAGCCCUCCUGGGUAAAGACUCUGGCCCAGGGCCUGCUCUGGGCAGAAGACGUCAAUGUGCUGGUGGUGGACUGGGUGUAUGGGGCAUCCUUCGCCUAUAACCGGGUGGUGCAGAACUACAAGGAGGUGGCCGUGCAGAUCUCUGUCCUCAUCAAUGAACUCAUUACCCAUGGCAGUAAAUUAGAGUCCUUUCACUUCAUUGGGGUGAGUCUUGGAGCACAUGUGUCAGGCUUUGUGGGAACACUCUUCGGGGGAAAGAUUGGAAGAAUAACAGGUCUGGACCCAGCAGGGCCAAUGUUCAAAGGAGCUGAUGUGUACGACCGUCUUGACCCCUCUGAUGCACUCUUCGUAGAGGCCAUCCAUACAGACUCUGACUAUUUUGGGAUCUCCAUUCCAGUUGGCCAUGUUGAUUUCUUUCUUAAUGGUGGGAUGGAUCAGGCCGGCUGUGCACGCUCCCAGUUUGCGUCGAUUCUUGUCUAUUUUCCAGUGUACGGCUAUUUCAUCUGCGACCACAUGAGGGCGGUGCACGUCUACAUAAGCGCGCUGAACGACUCAUGUCCUCUGACUGGCUUCCCGUGCUACAGUUACGACCAAUUCCUCAACGGACGCUGCGUGGACUGUCAGGAAACUUUCGAGGGCACCUGCCCACGAAUAGGACUUUUGGAGAGAAGUGGGAUCACUGUCUCUCCUUUGCCCUAUCAAGAGAAGGUGUUCCUCCUGACAAGUGCAUCAGCCCCAUUCUGUGUCCACCACAUUCUCGUGGAGCUAGAGGUGUCCCCGCUGGAGAAGAGCGCGGAGGUGCAGGUAACCCUGAGCAGUGGAGGACAUCCUGAAAUGGAGCGGAAGCUAAAGAUGCACACAAAGGAGAAUGUGUACAAGACAGUGAUGGCCUCCCCUGUGCCUCUGUGUAAGAUACACUCCAUCCAGCUGAAGAACACCGGGUCACGAUUCUACAGACAAGGAGACAUCCGCUUUCAGUCUGUCUGCAUCUCGGAGCUCCCACGCAAACGUGAAACAGAUGCAGUGUGUGUGAAUACUGUCUAUCUGGGAAGGAGUUUUCCAUGGUCCCAUGACUUUGUGCUGUUGUGUGGGAGCUACUGACAGCCACUGACACUCUUCACAAAUGACUGCCUGGCCCAAACCAUAAAGAGUCUGCACUCAACGUCAUAUAGAGCAGACCUCAUGUACAUAUAUAGUCUCUCUCUUUCACAUACACAUGUGCCUUCACAAUGUUGAAUGUCAUGUUACAUGUUUUGUCAUACUGGUAUAAAAUUUGCUGAAAGAACCCAACAGUGUUCCCAGUGUUGGUCAUGGAGUGGAGAAGUCUCACAUACUGAUACAUUUCACGCCACUGAAAUUCAGCCAACACAUUGCUUCGGAAGCCCUUUUUUGAUCUUUUCUGCGUGAUUGGCCUUGUUGUGGGCAAGCAGUUGGUUAAAGUCAAAGGAACGAGCGAUACUGCAAAAUGCUGGCAUCUUAUGACAUUGAUAUGUCCUCAUUCUUAACAUUGAUAUAUAUAUAUAUAUAUAUAUAUAUA